AGGAAACUAUCUAAAUAGAACUCAGAGAGAAGAGAUUGGCGUUUGCAAGUGAAAACGGGGAAUUGAUGAUUGCAAUGGAGAACCCUGGCGCUGGCAGUAGAAGAUGGAACAGAGGAGGCUUCGAGGAGAAUAUAUUGGCCAUAUUCGAUGCCUCGGAAACAAAGGACAGUCAAGAGUCUCGCGAUGACAGGAUUGCUUUCCUGAAUGCUGUUCGUGCUGUUUCAGUUGUUUCAGAUCAUGGAACCUCACCAACUUCCAAAAUGUUUGAGGGAGUUUUCCAUAUUCUGCGGACGGGGAAGUCUUUAGAGUUGAUUAUGGCAAGCUAUCAGCUUCUGAUUGAGUUAAACAAGCGCUUCCCUCGUGUGUAUUUUUCUAGGGAAGACAAAUCCAAAUCAGUCUCUCAUUCUUCAUCAGAGUUGGUAGUAGUUGAGGAGGCUUGGUCCCCGAUUAUUGUUAGUGUUGAUAAUGCCAGUACGGUCAAUCAAGCAGCAGGCAGAGAGUCUGGUGGCCCUAUUGACCCCUUUAGUUUUUAUUGUCUGAUUGACGAGCUUGCCGAAAUGUUAUCCAACACCAAAUUCCAAGCAUCAGAUGUUAAGAAGGGGGCAGGGUUCAUGCUCUUACAAAACAUGUUAUUAUUUCAAUAUCUUAUCAAAGUUUUUGAAGGAGAUUUCUUACCUCGUAAAGCAACCAUGGACUGGAACAUUGAGAGGGAGUCCUUGCUCAACAUGCUACUGGGAUCAAGGAAAAUAAACUACAAGGCCUUAAUGAAGAUUUGUUUGACAGUUAUUUAUCAACUAUCUCAGCUUAAAAAUGAACUCAAUAAAUAUAUGGAGCGUGAAGAGGUUACUGAAUCUUGCUUAUCCAAAAACUGUGGUACUGCAUUGUCCAUUGCUAUGGUUGAAGUAGGAAAUAAUACCUGCGUCUCUAUGGAAAAAUUCAUUGUCAUGAUAAUGGAGCUUGAUAUGUCGAGGAACAAAGCGGAUCUUGCAGGUUAUACUACAAGGGCUGAUGGGUCCAGAACACCUUUGGUGGAUAUAAUUUUGGAUGAACUAACUUACAGUCAGGAUAUUGUCCCACAAUUUCUUCAGAUCUUCGCUGAACCUAAAUGGAAGCUGGAAAUAGUUGUGCAGUAUCUCUGGAAGUAUAUAACUAAGCCAUCUGUUCGCACUCGUAGAAAAAAUGGUUCGGCUGAGGAUGAAACGUUUAGUGGGGCCUUGAAAUUCUUUUCAAAUAAGGCCACCACUAAGAGCACAAUUAAAAAGAUUGAUUCAGACAUAGUUCAGUUCCUUCUAGCUCAUGGUUUUCAGGCUCAAUUGUCAGUCUUGUCAGAAGGACACGCGGAGGACAAAAUUGCUGGCCAUGAAGAAGAGCGGCUUAGUGCCCUUGUGGAUAUGUGCCAGAGCUUUAUCUCAGCUUUUGAUUGUUUGAGAAGCACGGAUGAGCAUAUGGAGGUUCUGUCCGUUGGAAAAGAGGCACUGUUUACUGCAGCAACUAUCAUCUCCAUGAAGUCUUAGUAAUGUUUAAAUUAAAAAUUCAGCAUCAACUUGUGAAGAUUGGGCCACAGAAGCUUAUGAAGGUGAGGAUAAAAUAGGAACAAACUUGGGUUACAUGGAACGUAUUAGACUUCCAUGAGCAUAGAUGUGCUGUUUUUGAGUUCCAUGCUGUCCAGUUCCCAUGUAUUAAACGUGGCAUUAUCACUCACCAAACAAUGCAAUCAUCUUUUUCCUCUUCA